CUGCACGUAGCCCACACCGAGCAAGAGACAGCACUCGCGACAAGCCUCUGCACUCGUCAUGUCGCUUGGUAUACCGCUCAAGUUGCUACAUGAAGCAACAGGUCACAUCGUAUCUAUCGAAGUUUCAAACGGCGCGACGUACAGAGGCAAGCUCGACGGUGCAGAGGAUAACAUGAAUGUACAGCUGCGCGAUAUUACCCUGACACAGCGGGAUGGUCGCGUUUCGCAUCUAGAGCGCGUCUAUAUCCGCGGCUCACAUAUUCGCUUCUUCGUGGUACCGGACAUGCUCAAGCAAGCACCCAUGUUCAGAGUGAAAGAUACAGGAGUCAAGGGAACAGGGCGCGGUAAGGUACAAAAUAUGGCAGAGCGUGGACGUGGUCGUGGGCGUUAGGGCUUUUCGCUAUCUAUGUAGAAACUACCCUUUGAUGCCCUCUUGCGCUUCCUUUGCCAUUGCAAUAACACGCGGCCGUAUCCCCUCGAGAUUUUGAAGUGGCGGAGUGAACUUGACGAGAUAAGAGUGGCCUGCUGCUGUGUCUGGGGUGAUGUACAUGCCCUCAUCACUCAAGUCUGUCAGCUGUGCCUGCUUGAUUUCACCAGUGCUCAAGCCAUGAUAGUGCUGCAAGUAGGCAGAAAGUGAGUC